AUGCUCGUGCAGGAUUGGUGGAGACCUUGGAAUAGGAUGGUUCUUUCUAGCGAUGCCAGUCUUAAAGGGUACGGAGUUUGCCGAGCAUGGUGGCCCAGGUCAAAGGUCGCGGAGUGUGGACGUCAGUCUGAAAGAUCGCGGUUCAGGCGUGUGUCAGCCCACUCUGCUCGCGAGAGUGCAUUGCAGGCAGCGGGGUUAUCACUUGAUCAGCAUGGCAGGUGGACGUCUCCACAUGGAGAUGAGAGUCAUGAGGCUCUGGCUCAGGCCGGCUGGGAAAUCGACAAUGACUUCAAGGAAGUACCAGCUGCGGGCCUUGUUCGGAGGUUGUGGCACGCCACCAUGCAUGGUAGCAGGGAGUUCGAGGAGGACAUCUUGGUGCUCGAGGCUCGUGCAGUCUUGAAGGGCAUUCGCAGAGCUUUGAUGACCCGCUUUGGACACAGCAUCCGCCAGCUGGCUUUGUGUGACAAUCUGGCUGUUGUCUUGACCUUUGAACGAUGCCGUUCCCGGAACUACAGUUUUGAAGGUCCUACGAGGAAACAAACGCCAAGUCGUGUGAGAACGCUGAGUGGCUACAAGGACGAAGACCUGAGUGUGCAAACCGGGAGUCGCCAAAAGAAACGGCGGUUACUCGGAGAUGAUGGGACCAAGAAUCGGCUGGUGGAGCGGCCUCUGGAGCCCAUCGUGCUCCCGGAGACGGAGCUCCAGCUGCGCGAGAUGACAGCGGCCAAAUUGAGUGCCCCAGAAGAUUGCGACGAGAGCGAGAGCACCUCGUCCGAAUUCAGGGCCGGCAGAGAAGGAGAGAAAAGGCGUUGCUUGAGAAGCAGGCCAAGAAGAGGGCUGCAACAGCUUGUGGACUUUCACCUGAAGAAGGGAACAACAAGUCACAGUCUCCUCGAGGAAGCCGCGGUCACACCCAGAGUGAGACAGGCAUACGCCAAAAGAUUGAACGAGCUCCACCUCUUUGUGAAGGAGGCGAAGCUGGCGUUCGACACGGACGAACAGAUCGACCAAGCCUUGGUGAACUUCUUCAAUGCCAAGUUCAAGGAGGGCGAAGGAAGCUCAGUGGGGGACUACACGCUGGCAGCCUUGAUGGACCGAGUGCCGCAGUUUGGUCGCCUUGGGCAUCGAAAAGUCCCCAACGCAUGGCGAUGCCUCCAGGGCUGGAGGAAGUUGUGCCCAGCUCGGUCGAGACUGGCGUAUCCUCUGCCGGUGUGGUGUGGGGUCAGCUGGAGAAUGGUGGCGCAUGGACAUGCAGCCAAGGCGCUUUUCAACCUCCUCCAGGUCUCGACCUACCAUCGCCCUGGUGCCUUGCUGAAACUGCGGAAGAUGGGUCUGGUGAGGCCCACUCAGGGUGUGACGGGACACUGGUCGGUGGUUACCAGCCUUGCGGAGACAACGGAUGCAAAGGACGAUUCGGUCCUCAUCGACAGUCCUUGGUUGCUUUUCGCCAGCCCCCUCCUCGAGGAGCUGGUGAAAGGAGACAAGAUGGACUACGUGUUCAACUUCGACUAUUCGAGCUACUUGAAGGUCUUCCGACAAGCGUGCGAGGACUUGAAGUUGCAGCUGGUGCCUUAUCAAGCGAGGCACUCGGGGCCCUCGAUAGACAGGGCAAAGAAUGCUCGGACGCAGGAAGAGGUGCGAAAGAGGGGAAACUGGGCAAGCCGGCAGAGUGUUGCUCGCUACGAGAAAGCAGGCAGGCUGGCAGCCACCUGGCAGAAGCUGGACUUGGACACCCAGCUCGCCGGCUCGCAUGCAGAUCCGCCGAGCGCUACAUCGAGGAGAUUUUGCUAG